GUCUGUUGCGAUUGUGGUUCCAUUUAAUCAUACAUUAACUAGUUAUUAACUGAGAUAACUGAUGGGUAUUCAUCGUGUGUACAAUCACCUGAUAAACCUACGACAUGUAACUCGCGAGCAUUUCGUGGCGUGAGACGAGUAACUCGGUUGGAACCUUCAGUGUUCAUGAUUCGAUGGACGUGAUCAGCAGUUGAGGAUGUCGACGCCCUGUGCAACGAGGGAACGAAGCAUCCAAAAUGACUUCAUUUACAAAUGGCUGAGUCUUGUUGCUUUGACUAUUCAGCAAGUUCUGGCCACGUCCCUUCUGCGUCAUGCCCAGUCCAGGCAUGAGAAUGAGGACGACUUGUUCCAUUCGUCGGCGGGAGUCGCGACUGUAGAGGUGCAGAAGACCUUGGCUGCCUUGCUCCUCUUGAGAUUUUCAGAGCAUGCCAGUUUCGAAGAAACCUUCGAUGUACUGAAGGAGAUGACCAGCGAGGAUUUCGACUCGCUGCUUACGGUUGCGCUCGUGGCUGGCGCGUAUUUGUUGCACAACUACUUCCUGUGGAUCGCCGGGAAGUACUUGUCCACGGCUGCUUACCUGGUCAUCAGCCAGACGAAAACCCUGUCGGCCGCCUUUUUCGCCACUGCCCUGGCGGGUAGGAUCAUCACUGUGACCCAGUGGAUUGCCUUGUUUGUCUUAGUCAUCGGCGUGGCCUUAUUGCAGACCAGCGUCCAUCAGCAACAGGCAGACGAGAUGAAAAGGGCGGAUGAUGUUUGGUUGGGGUUGGUUUACCUGCUAGGGGCUAGCACUUUGUCCGGCUACGCGGGGACCGCCUUUGAGAUCAUUCUCAAAUCUCCGACGAGUAACGUUUCUGUGUGGGCGCGAAGUGUUCAACUCAGUGCGGUUUCCGCCGUCAUGAGCAUCGCCUUGGUUGCCUUCCAAGAGUACGAUUCCGUCGCGCGUAGAGGAUUUUUUCACGGGUACGACGCCGUGGUGUGGACAACUGUAACUGCUCAAGCUUCGGGAGGCCUGCUGGUUGCCCUGAGUCUGAAGUACGCCGAUAAUGUCGCCAAAAGCUUCUCCACAGCAGUGGCCAUUCUCUUGAGCAUUGUUACAGACGCACUUGUGUUCCACACGUCCUUGCCAUUCCAUGCGCAGAUCGAAUCAUUGUGGAAUCAACUUUCCUCUGAAUCUGUGGAAGAAACCACUCUUCAAGUGCUCACUGCCAAAAAGCCUCUGCAGAAUCGCACUCUGCGGAUGUGGACUAAUCCUCCUGCACAGGGGGAGUACACUGUGCCUGCUGGGGAGUAUGCCCUGCCUGCCACACCAUCCAAAGCGGCACCACAUGCUUAG